UGGAGGUGGUCUAAAUUGUGACUCGAACCCAAUGCUCACAUAAUUCGUCGAAGUGCCUCUGAGCUGCCGACCCCGAGUCACUUCAAUUGCUAUUUCGAGCUACAUAUACAGCAACGCGAGGGGCUUCCGACUCGACCUCUACACCAACAAAUCAUGGCGGAAGCAGUCAAGGAAGCCGUUGAAGGUGUAAAGAACCUCGCCGUCUCCGGCGAACAGAAACCCAAAAAGGAGAAGAAAAAGAAGACCGCCGAAGGUGCCGAUGGCCGACCACUAGAGCUUAGUCCUCCGGCAGCAUACGUCGACCACCGAAUUAAGAUAUUCGAGAAGCUAAAGGCGAAGUACGAUGAGGAAGUCGCCCAAAAGCCCCGCGAGAAAAUAGAGAUCACUCUUGAGGAUGGAAAGAUCAUAAUCGGAGAGUCCUGGGUCACGAGCCCGGCCGAUAUCGCACGUGGAAUUAGCAAGAGCCUCUUCGAACGCACUGUCAUUGCGCGUCUUGACAAGGGAACGGACGGAGAGACGCUGUGGGACCUCGAGCGCCCGCUUGAGAAGAGCUGCCGUCUGGAGCUCUUGCCGUUCGAUCAUCCCGAGGGCAAGAAGGUCUUCUGGCAUUCAAGCGCCCAUAUCCUUGGAGAGGCUUCGGAGCGUAGAUUUGGUUGCGACCUCUGUAUCGGCCCGCCAAUUGAGGAUGGCUUUUACUAUGAGAUGGCCCUGCCCGAGAAAGCCGCGGUUGAGCAAUCAGACUACAAGCCCCUCGAGAGCAUCGUCAGCAGCAUCGUCAAGGAGAAGCAGGUCUUUCAGCGAUUGAGUCUCUCCAAAGAUGACCUGCUUGAGAUGUUCAAGUCAAAUCCGUACAAGCAACAUAUCAUCAAGGACAAAAUCCCGGACGGCACAUAUACCACGGUAUACCGUAACGGUCCCCUCAUCGAUCUCUGCCGAGGACCCCACGUACCACACACAGGACGGAUAAAGCAGUUCAAGGUCAUGAAGAAUUCCGCAUCUUACUUCCUCGGCGACGCCAAUAACGACAGCCUGCAGCGCAUCUACGGUGUUUCCUUCCCAGAUAAGGACCAGAUGCAAGCGCAUCUCAAGUAUCUUGAAGAGGCCGCGAAGCGAGAUCACCGAAAGAUUGGCAAAGACCAGGAACUGUUCUUCUUCCACGAGUGGAGUCCCGGCUCGUGCUUCUUUUUGCCUCAUGGCAUGAUCAUCUACAAUACGCUAAUGGCGUUUUUACGGCAAGAAUAUUGGAAGCGCGGAUAUCAGGAGGUUGGAUCGCCGAAUAUGUAUAACAGCGCGCUUUGGAAAGUCUCCGGCCAUUGGCAGCACUACCACGAGGACAUGUUUACUUUCGAUGUCGAAAAGGAGAAGUGGGCAUUGAAGCCCAUGAAUUGCCCUGGUCACUGCCUGAUCUUUAGGCACCGCGAGCGAAGCUAUCGUGAACUCCCGAUCCGAAUGGCAGACUUCGGAAUCCUGCAUCGUAACGAAGCAUCUGGCGCUCUCACAGGUUUGACGCGAGUUCGCCGCUUCCAGCAGGAUGACACGCACAUCUUCUGUACGGAAGACCAGAUCGCGGAGGAGAUUUCAGGACUAUUUGAUUUCCUGAGGGAAGUGUACGGCAAGUUCGGCUUCACGUUCAAGUUGAAGCUCAGCACGCGACCAGAGGGCUUCCUCGGAGAGGUUGAGACGUGGGACAAGGCUGAAGCGAAAUUGACGGAGGCCUUGGACCAGUUCACAGCUGAGGGUGGCGGCCAGUGGGAGCUGAACCCUGGUGAUGGCGCUUUCUACGGCCCCAAGAUCGACAUCACCAUCUCCGACGCUCUGAAGCGGGAAUUCCAGUGCGCUACGAUUCAACUUGACUUCCAGCUGCCGCAGCGAUUUGAGCUCGAGUACAUGACGUCCGAGGUGCGGCCUAAAGAGGAGAAGGGCGAAAAGGCAAAGGAGAAGGAGCACAAGGAUAUGGUCAAAGAGAUGGCUGAACAUGAAGCCGAAGUCUUGAAGAAGCCGGUAGCCCCGACACCCGGGUAUGCCAGGCCGGUAAUGAUCCAUCGUGCGAUCUACGGUUCCUUCGAGCGCUUCAUCGCUAUCCUCACAGAGCACUUCGCCGGUCGCUGGCCCUUCUGGAUUUCUCCUCGACAAGUCAUGGUCAUCCCCGUCAUGCCAGGUGUCAAUGACUACGUCAAGGAAGUCCAGGCGCGACUCCGCUCGGAGGGGCUUCACGCCGACAUCGACAUCAGCGGCAAUACGAUGCAGAAGAAGAUCCGCACGGCCCAGCUGCAGCUAUACAACUUCAUCUUUGUUGUCGGUGCCGAGGAGCGAGAGACCAAGAGUGUCAACCUUCGAAAUCGGGACGACCAAGCUACGCAGCAGCGAGGUGAGGUCAUUCCGCUUGACGAGGCGGUUAAGCAGCUGGUGCAGCUUAGAGAUGAGAGGCGGCUGGAGAAUAAGUUCUGAGCGGGUUUCCAGGAUGGCGUUACAAGGCAUUGGGCAUGAUCUGAUGAUAGCAUAGGGGAUGUGUUGCGGAUGGCUCUUCGUAGUUGUGCUUCUGUAGACUAGCGUUCGUUCUACGGCGCUGCAAAAGGAUUGUUUGACAAGAUUAGGAAGCGUUCGUACGGAAUGUUUUCAAAAGCAAUCAUCACAUUUUCAUGUCCCACGGGGUCUAUGUAGCUAUCCAGACUGAUCUAGGCUUCUUCUUUGGUCUCGACAAAGGCAAACACCUUCGCCACGUCCAUGGAG